AUGGUGAAUGAAGAAAAUGAAGGAACGGUGAAUGAAAAUGAAGGAACAGUGAAUGAAGAUGAAGGAAUGGUGAAUGAAGAUAAAGGAACGGUGAAUGAAGAUAAAAGAGUGGUGGAUGAAGAUGAAGGAAUGGUGAAUGAAAAUGAAGGAAUGGUGAAUGAAAAUGAAGGAACAGUGAAUGAAGAUGAAGGAAUGGUGAAUGAAGAUAAAGGAACGGUGAAUGAAGAUAAAGGAAUGGUGGAUGAAGAUGAAGGAAUGGUGAAUGAAAAUGAAGGAAUGGUGAAUGAAAAUGAAGGAACAGUGAAUGAAGAUGAAGGAAUGGUGAAUGAAGAUAAAGGAACGGUGAAUGAAGAUAAAGGAAUGGUGGAUGAAGAUGAAGGAAUGGUGAAUGAAAAUGAAGGAAUGGUGAAUGAAAAUGAAGGAAUGGAUCAGCCAGGGUGGAAAGAAGAGCCAAGGCACAUCGUUCCUCCUCCUCCUCCUUCUCCUCCUCCUCUUUCUAUGGAACGGCGUUCAAAGCAACUAGGCGACGAUCGAACAACCAUCAAUGAUAGCCCACGCCAUAUGUACGACUAA